AUGGCUUCUAGUGACAGUGAAGAGGAUCGCAGAGAACGUGAUAAAUUUGCGGAAAGGCUCAAAAGAAAAGACAAAGACAGAACUCGUAAUAUUGCUAUUCCUCGAUCCGAUAAAAAAGCUUACGAAGAGGCAGCAAAAAGAUUAAAAUUAGAAAAUGAACGUGAGAAAGAAAUGGUCAUUCCUCGACUCCGUAUUGAGUCUCGUCGUAAAUAUCUCGAAAAAAGAAAAGAUGAUAAGGUCACUGAACUUGAAGCUGAUAUCAUAGACGAUGAAUAUUUAUUUGAUACUGAAGAUUUAUCACAACGUGAAAUUUUUGAUCGUGAACACAAAAAGAAGUUAUUGAGUCUCGCCAAAGAACAUGAAAAAGCUAGAGAACUUGAAAAUGUUCAGCGUUAUCGGAUGCCUCAAGAUAUUAAAGAUGACCAGAUGGAGUAUGAGAUGGAAGUUGAUAAAGCACCAAUUACUGAACAACAAAAAUGGGAAGAAGAACAGAUGUCUUCUGCUGUUUAUAAAUUUGGUGCUAAAAGACAAGAAAAAGAACAAUAUGAAUUAUUGAUUGAUAAUCAAAUAGAUUUUAUUCAAACUGCAAAUUUACCUGGCACACAGGAAGAUGAAAAACCUGAAAUAACUGAAAAACAAAAGAAAAAACUUAACAUAGAAGAGACAAAAAAGAGUUUGCCUAUUUAUAAAUUCAAAAAAGAUCUAAUAAGAGCCAUUAAAGACCAUCAAAUACUUAUCAUAGAAGGUGAAACUGGUUCUGGCAAAACGACACAAAUUCCUCAAUAUUUACAUGAAGCUGGUUUCACAGAAAAUAACAAAAUAAUUGGAUGUACCCAACCUAGACGAGUAGCUGCUAUGUCAGUGGCAGCUCGUGUAGCUGAAGAGAUGUCUGUUAAACUUGGAAACGAAGUUGGUUACAGUAUACGUUUUGAAGAUUGCACUUCAGAGCGCACUAUAAUUAAAUACAUGACUGACGGAACAUUGCAUAGAGAGUUUUUGUCUGAACCAGAUUUGCAGUCUUAUAGUGUGAUGAUUGUAGAUGAAGCUCAUGAACGUACCCUUCACACUGAUAUUUUAUUUGGUUUAGUAAAAGAUGUUAUACGAUUCAGACCAGAUUUGAAAUUAUUAAUAUCUAGUGCCACUUUAGACGCCCAGAAGUUUUCUGAAUUUUUUGAUGAUGCGCCUAUAUUUCGAAUACCUGGAAGACGUUUCCCUGUGGAUAUAUACUACACAAAAGCACCUGAGGCGGAUUAUAUUGAUGCCUGUGUUGUAUCUAUAUUACAGAUACAUGUUACACAGCCCCUUGGAGAUAUACUAGUCUUUUUAACUGGUCAGGAGGAGAUUGAGACUUGUAAUGAACUACUGCAGGAGCGUGUUCGUAGACUUGGCUCUCAAAUCAAAGAACUGAUUUUAUUACCAGUUUAUAGUAAUUUACCUACUGAGAUGCAAGCCAAAAUUUUUGAGCCUACACCUCCCAAUGCUAGAAAAGUUGUUUUAGCCACAAAUAUAGCAGAAACUUCUUUGACAAUCGACAAUAUUAUUUAUGUUAUUGACCCAGGUUUUUGUAAACAAAAUAAUUUCAAUUCACGAACUGGCAUGGAAUCUUUAAUAGUUGUACCAAUAUCAAAGGCAAGUGCUAAUCAAAGAGCUGGGAGAGCUGGUCGAGUAGCUGCUGGUAAAUGUUUUCGCUUGUAUACAUCAUGGGCUUAUAAAAGUGAACUUGAAGACAAUACAGUUCCAGAAAUUCAAAGAAUUAAUUUAGGUAAUGCUGUAUUGAUGUUAAAGGCUCUUGGUAUUCAUGACUUGAUACAUUUUGAUUUUCUGGAUCCUCCCCCGCAUGAAACAUUAGUACUUGCAUUGGAACAACUUUAUGCAUUGGGUGCAUUGAAUCACAAGGGUGAAUUAACCAAAUUAGGACGUCGUAUGGCUGAAUUCCCAUUAGACCCAAUGAUGGCAAAAAUGCUCUUGGCAUCUGAAAAGUAUAAAUGUUCAGAAGAAAUUGCUUCCAUAGCGGCAAUGUUAAAUGUGAACAGUGCUAUAUUUUACCGACCCAAAGAUAAAUUAAUUUUAGCUGAUACAGCUCGUAAAAAUUUUUUUUCACAAGGUGGUGAUCAUUUAGCUUUAUUAAACAUUUAUAACCAAUGGGCCAAUACAGAUUUUAGUACAAAUUGGUGUUAUGAAAAUUAUAUUCAACAUAGAUCAAUGCGCAGAGCUCGGGAUGUCAGAGAUCAAUUAGUUGGUUUAAUGCAACGUGUUGAAAUGGAUAUAGUAUCAAAUCCAACUGAAACUGUUAAUAUUCGAAAAGCCAUAACUGCCGGUUAUUUUUAUCAUAUUGCAAGACUGUCAAAAGGUCAUUAUCGCACUGUUAAACAUAAUCAAACUGUUAUUAUUCAUCCAAAUAGCAGUCUGUUUGAAGAGCUCCCAAGAUGGGUUCUAUACCAUGAGUUAGUAUUAACAACUAAAGAGUAUAUGAGACAAGUCACGGAGAUUGAGAGUAAAUGGCUACGUGAAGUAGCUCCUCAUUACUAUCAAGACAGAGAACUUGAAGACUCUACUAAUAAAAAAUUACCUAAGACAUUAGGAAAAACAAGUUCUGAACUAAAAACUAAUAAUUAAAUUAAAUGUAAUUUGUUAAAUUUUGUUAAAUAAAAAAAAAAAUAUAAAUAAAAACUAGCCUUAUACUCUAAUAUAUAUUUACAUAUAUUCUACUUUUAUACAGUUGGUAUUUUCCAUAACAAAACUGGUCAUAAUGAUAUAUUUCGUAAAAUUACAUUAAUUUUAAGGUUCUGACAAAACUCUUAUAUCUGUGUACAUCAAAUGACUUUUUAUAAGUUUGUAACAAUAAUAUUGGGUAAUAAACAUGAAAAUCAGUGAUUGUAAAUAUAAUAUCUUGAACUGUGUAUUUGAAUGAUCGUACAGUUAUAGCAUGUAUUACGGGUGGAAUUACCUACUUGCGUCUUUAAAAUAGUAUUACAAUCUUUUAUCAUAUACAAUGGAGCUCCCUUAAUAAUUUUCUGUGUCUGAUAUAACCUCUACGUAUUAGUUAUUUUAUAGCGGUAGUUGGCACAAUGACACAUUAUUCCCUGAAAUGAAAUGGGUAGUGGGGAUUAUGACACAGCUUGGUACACAAGCAAUAUGCACAUAGUUCUAUUGUAUAUGAUCUAAGGUCAUGGGAUUAAAUAACAAAUCGAUUACAAGUGAAUUGAAUAAGGCUUUAACUAACUUUUUGUUGUUCAAUUUGGUGUUACUGUCUUACAGUAUUUUCAAUGAAGACGAAAUGACAACUGAAUGUCUCCGGUUAAUUUAUGCUAAGUGAAAAUAAGUAAUACUAAAUUGAAAAAAAGUAUCUUAUAGAUAAUACUAAUUAUAUUUAUUAAUAAAGGAGAUAAAGAUGACGUAGAAUAACUACGUUGAUCUUUGACAGUAAAAAAAUGUAUUACAAUGUAUAUUUUUUAGUUUGUGAAGAGUUAAAUAACCUUAAUUUUGA